CGGUCCUGUUUGUGUUGGUCCCAGCCGUGUUCCAGCACCAAAACCCUGGAGAUCGACGAGCACAGCCCAUCGCCGAGCGGCUCUCGGUGGAUGCCGCUGGCUCGCUCUGACCCAUCGAUCCUCCAAACCACUGCAGCGCCAUGGACCCGUCUCUGCAUCUCUUUGGCCUUCUGGGCUCGUACCAGCUCCGAACCAGCAUCCUCGGCUUCCUCUCCGCCAGGGAACUCUUUCGCAUCGAGGAGGUGUGCCGGCUCUUCCGCGAGCUUGUCCAGGAACAUCUCCAGCUCCGCCAAAGUCCAACAUUCUAUCGGCAAAGGGGCCGCCGGCCAAAGUUUGCAGUCACUCCGGCUCAGCCUCCGAGGGUGACACUCAAGAUCCUCGCAGACGACACACCCGAGUCUGCAGCCGACCGGAUUCUGCGUCAAGGCUAUGUUGCAGUCGAGGGUGGAUCCGAGAUUCUCCUGAUUGAGAACAUGAGUGCCCUCAACAACUCCCCAGACUUUUGGGUGCGAUUCGACUCGUUUUUUCUUGAGGAUCCCUUCGAUCGCGCGGGCAAUGUGCGCCUCAACGUAUGCACCCACACUGUCCCGUUCUGCCUGGAUGUUAGUCUGAUCGAGCGGUUUUAUCACCGGUCCGCCGAGACCCAUCCGCAAGCUCCUGGCCGUGUGCCCUCCAAAAUCCUGUGCUCGUUCUGCUCGGCGCAUACCGAUUUCCGUCUCAGCUUCGCGGCACGAGCCCCAGGGACAUUGGCAGCACCAUCCGAGGCGAUGCGCAACCGCCUGGUUCUCCUGCCAUGGGCUUUUGACGGGUCCAUCUACGGCAGUCCUGUGUAUCGAUCGCUCUAUCCGAUCAAGCACCACUAUCUGAAAACAAAGUUCUUCACGGACAACUCGACCAAAUACUCCUACCAAUGCGCAAUCAAGGGCUUGUAGCUGUGUGUAGGGACUCUAGCAUUGGCUUGUGGACACUCUUUCAUUAAGAUCCAUCCUUCCGCUGCAAGAGAAUACCACUUCGGUCUCCUUGGACAUACUUUCUUGGCCAUGAAUGCGAUGAGUAGGUGGGUGUAUUCAGGUCGCAGAAAAAGACACUGUCAUGGCUCAAAACGGGGGUGUCCCAUUUCAUUGUGGAAUCGCUGUAGUUGCCUAUCUGAAUGACAUCGACUUGUGCUCGCACUGUUGCGAUGGGAUAUCGACCACCGAGACAUUGGGGUCUUGGACAGACUCCAUGGACCAACUGACUCUAUGGGACGGACGCUCAGGGCGAUGAUUUGAA